CUGGUCGAUGUGGUGCACGCGCUGGUUUCUGCCGCUUCUGCUCCUUCCCUUCCCUACCGCCCCGCCCUACUUUCUCCUCCUCUUCUUGUUCUCGCUCGUCCUCCAUGCAAAGCCUUGCUUCUAUUGCGUAAUACUCCUCGCCGCUCUCUUCCUCUCGUCCUGCUACUGGCAAGCUUUUCCCGCAGAGGUCUCGCUCAGCGUGCCCUGGUCAGACAACAUCACCACCUUUGGCGACGCCCUCACCGCCACCCUUCCCCCCGAGUAUGCGACUCCUUCUCCGCUCGUCCGCGUGAUUGACCGGUGCUGGUGCGACCUUGCGCCCGGUCUGUUUGAGCCGUUUGACGUCAAGCGGUGGGAGAUGGCCAGCGUGGAGAGGGCAAAGAACCAGAUUAUUAAGCGUGCGCGCGCCGAGGAAGACUCGGACCAGACGGAGGCUUCAGCACCGGCCAAGGCGAGCGCGUCUGCUGUGCCGUCGUCAAAGUCGAAGCGUCCCGUGCUGUCGUGGUUUGGCUGGUGGGGCGGCUCAAAGAAUGCAUCGUCGACUGUAUCCAAGUCUGCCGAGCCUCCUGCUACGAAUGAGACGGGAAAGGACUCGAAGCCGCCCCGGGAGCUGCAGGCUGGAGAGUACGACUUGGGACAGUUUGGGUUCGACUUGAUUGUUGACACACGGUGGUCUAGAUGGUCUUAGUGUAUUUCAUAGCAUUUGCAUUAUAACAUGGAUAUCCUGCAUAC